UUUAAAUAUAUAGAAUCUCGACUUCUUGCGUCUUUCUUCAUGACUUCUCGUCUUUCAAAUCACUACUCUUCCCUCCUCAAGCUCUGCUCUCAAGCUCGCGACCUUAAGAAGUUGCACUGCUUCAUCCUUAAAACCCUCGACCUCGCCGGCGACACCUUCCUUUCUAACAACCUCAUCACCUCCUACUCCAACCGCAGCCUCCUCGUCUAUGCCCGCAACUUGUUCGACCAAAUUCUCCACCCAAACCCCUUCUCGUGGAACGGGCUCCUCUCCGCCUACUCCAAGGCCGGUCACAUCCCACAGAUGGAGCAAGUGUUUUCCUCGAUGCCCUCGAGGGAUUUAGUGUCGUGGAAUGCCCUUGUAUCGGGCUACAUCGGCCGGGGUUGCUGCGAAAGAGCUUUCAAUGCGUAUCGAGCAUUGUUGCUGGAAGGCCGCGUUGCGGCCAACCGUAUCACGUUCUCUAGCUUGCUUAUAAUCGCGUCAAAGUGCUCAGAUUUCAAUUUAGGUCGGCAAGUCCAUUGCCAUAUCCUCAAAUUCGGGUUUGCGUCGCAUGUGUUUGUGGGAAGUCCGCUUGUUGACAUGUACUCAAAGGCUGGUUUUGUGCAUGAAGCAAAGAGAGUUUUUGAAGACAUUGAGGAGAAAAAUGUUGUUUUGUACAACAUUAUGUUGGCAGGGCUACUCAGAAGUGGUAUGGUUGAGGAUUCGAAGAAAUUGUUCGAUGAGAUGGAAGAAAAGGACUCAAUUUCGUGGACGACAAUGGUCACUGGGCUUACGCAGAAUGGAUUGGAACAACAAGCUGUUGAUUUAUCCAGGGCCAUGAGGGCAGAAGGUGUUUGUAUGGAUCAGUUUACUUUUGGCAGCAUUUUGACUGCUUGUGGAGGCCUCUCUGCUUUAGAAUUGGGGAAACAGACCCAUGCCUUCAUCAUUCGGACUCGCUAUGAUGAAAAUGUAUUUGCAGGGAGUGCAUUGGUCGACAUGUAUUCAAAAUGCAGGCAUAUCAAGUCUGCAGAAUUGGUUUUUCAAAGAAUGAAGACAAAGAACGUUGUUUCAUGGACAUCAAUGCUUGUGGGUUAUGGUCAGAAUGGAUGCAGUGAAGAGGCUGUCAGAACUUAUUGUGAAAUGCAGAAACAAGGCAUUGAACCAGAUGAUUUCACGCUUGGGAGCGUGAUAAGCUCAUGCGCCAAUCUAGCAAGCUUGGAAGAGGGUGCGCAGCUUCAUUGCAAGGCAAACAUCUCAGGAUUGAUUUCAUUCAUCACUGUUUCUAAUGCCAUAGUUACAUUGUAUGGUAAGUGUGGGAUCAUUGAAGACUCACACAAGUUGUUUAACGAAAUGCGGAGUAGAGACUCAGUCUCUUGGACAGCUCUGGUUUCAGGUUAUGCACAGUUUGGGAAGGCUAAUGAAACAAUGGACUUGUUUGAACGCAUGUUGAAUGAAGGUGUGAUGCCUGAUGGUAUCACAUUUAUUGGUGUCCUUUCUGCUUGCAGUCGAGCAGGGCUGGUGGAGAAAGGAUAUAGGUAUUACAAUUCGAUGAUACACGACCACCACAUUGUGCCAACAGCUGAUCAUUAUACAUGUAUGAUAGAUCUAUUGAGCAGAUCAGGAAGGUUAAAGGAGGCUGAAGAUUUCAUAAAUCAGAUGCCUUGUCACCCGGAUGCAAUCGCAUGGGCAACCCUAUUAAGCUCGUGCAGAUUCCGCAAUGAGUUGGAGAUAGGCAAAUGGGCAGCUGAGAACUUGUUAGAGCUCGAACCGCAAAACCCUGCAAGCUAUGUGCUGCUUUCGAGUUUACAUGCUGCAAGAGGUAAUUGGGAUGAGGUAGCACAUUUGCGAAAGGGAAUGCGAGAUAAAAAUGUGAGAAAGGAGCCUGGUUGUAGUUGGAUUAAGUACAAGAACAAAGUUCAUAUCUUUUCCGCCGACGAUCAGUCUCAUCCGUACUCCGAGAGGAUAUAUGCUGAACUAGAGAAGCUCAGCAGCAAGAUGAUUGCAGAAGGAUACAAGCCUGACGUGAGUUCUGUUUUGCAUGAUGUGACUGAAUCAGCGAAGAUUCAUUUGCUCAGCCACCACAGUGAGAAGCUUGCCAUUGCUUUUGGUUUGAUUUUUAUACCGCCUGAACUGCCGAUAAGAGUAGUUAAGAACCUCCGAGUUUGCAUGGAUUGUCACAAUGCAACCAAGUUCAUAUCCAAAAUCUCCAACCGAGAAAUUCUCGUAAGGGAUUCCAUUCGGUUCCAUAAGUUCAGUGGAGGAGCUUGUUCAUGUGGUGAUUUUUGGUGAUAGGCUAUUGGAAAGGUUAUGAUUGCUUUAGGUUGAUGUGCACAGUUAAGAACCCCCAUGUUUGUGUGGAUUGUCACGAUCGCAACCAAGUUCAUAUCCAAAUUAUCUGGCCGAGAAAUUCUCCUCAAGGAUCUUGUUCGAUUUCAUAAGUUCAGCGGAUGAGCUUGUUCAUGUUUCAGGAGUAGAUACGAUUUCAAUGAGCACAUAUAAGAAUCAAAUCAUGUUGAACAACUUCACAAGGUGUCAAAGAGGAGACCAAGUGAUUCAAAGUGAAACAAGUUACAUUAUGUAACUUUAACUGUCAUUCAACUUCUCAUCAUGUAAAACAAGUUACUGAAUUUCUGUUCCUGGCUAAAUAGCUUUAUUCUUUCGCAAAUACUUAAAAAGAUCAUUCUAUUAUUCUCUUACAAAUAUUUCAAAGACCAUCCCUUUCAAUUUCAACAUCAUGCACCAUUACAAUUAGGAGAAACAAACAAUUUAGUCGAAAUUUAAUCUCUGUGGUCGAUCUACACGCCCAACUGCUCACGCAAACUUGUCCAACAAUUCAAACGAUUAGGCGACAACUUUGCCUGUUUUCUCUGCAAACAUUUUUUUCUCACCUUGUCUUUUGAUCAAAUAAGACCAAAGGGAUAGCAUCACCAUCAACCUUAUCAUCUUGAAGGUCAAAAAAGUUACAGGGUUUGUGAUGAAGCUGUGAGAGUGACCUGCAAAUUUUUAGGCCCAGGGAGCAAUUGUUGUCAUAAGAGCCAAAACAAGGUGAAAGCUCUGCUUGUUGGAUGGUCCUGCAAUGCUACAGACUUAACAGUGAGCUGUGGGCACUACUGGCCCCUGGUUUUGUGCAUUCCUAUCUGCAUGGAUUCAAUUCAUUGUUUUAGAAUUCUUGGCGUUUGAUGGGGCAUCAGAGCUGAUUCAUUUUGUCUGUCCCUGAAUCCUUUGUCAAGCUUUCUAUAGUUUUAUUAAGGCUCUAUUUACCCGAACGGGGCAGGG